UAUGAUGUGCCUCUGUUGACUUCAAAUGGGUCCGCUGGACAUCUUGCCAAGACCAACCUGACUAGUUUAAUCAGGACCAACCAUGAAGCUGAAGAAACUUGAGCAACCAGCUGUGCAAGCUUGGAGCCCAGCCAAUCAGUACCCUGUGUGUCUGGCAACAGGAACAUCUGCCCAGCAGCUAGAUGCCUCCUUUAACACAAGUGGUACACUGCAAAUCUUUGAGGUUGAUUUCAGGGACCCUUCUCUGGAAUUGAAAUGCAAGGGAGUCCUUUCUGGCUCAAGCAGGUUUCACAAGCUGAUCUGGGGGAGCUUUGGCAAUGGGCUUCUGGAAGGCUCCGGGGUUAUUGCAGGCGGCGGGGACAAUGGCAUGCUUACUCUGUACAAUGUGACCCACAUCCUGUCUUCGGGGAAAGAGCCUGUGAUUGCCCAGAGACAGAAGCACACGGGGGCUGUCAGAGCCCUCGACUUUAAUCCCUUCCAGGGCAACCUCCUGGCCUCCGGGGCCAGUGAUUCAGAAAUCUUCAUUUGGGAUUUGAAUAAUAUGAGUGUGCCAAUGAUGCCAGGAUCCAAGUCACAGCAGCCCCCAGAAGACAUCAGGGCUCUCUCUUGGAACCGGCAAGUCCAACACAUUUUGUCUUCUGCUCACCCCAGUGGCAAGGCAGUCGUGUGGGAUCUCAGGAAGAAUGAACCUAUCAUCAAAGUCAGUGACCACAGCAACAGAAUGCACUGCUCAGGCCUAGCCUGGCACCCAGACAUAGCCACCCAGUUAGUGGUGUGUUCAGAAGAUGACCGUCUCCCCGUGGUUCAGCUGUGGGACCUGCGCUUUGCCUCCUCACCCCUGAAGGUGCUAGAGAGCCACAGCAGGGGAAUCCUAUCAAUGUCGUGGAGUCAGGCUGAUGCUGAGCUACUACUCAGUAGCGCCAAGGACAACCAGAUCUUGUGCUGGAACCUGGAGAGCAGUGAGGUGGUGUACAGGCUGCCCACCCAGGGCAGCUGGAGUCUGGAUGUGCAGUGGUGCCCUCGGCUCCCUCCAGUGUUCUCGGCUGCUUCCCUCGAUGGCUGGAUCAGUGUGUGCUCUGUGAUGGGAGGAAACUGGGAAGCCCAGCACAUGAGUCAGGCUGACAAGAUCUCAUCUUCCUUCAGCAAAGGCCAGCCUUUCAUGCCAAUGCAGAUACCUGAGCAGGUGGCACAAGCAUCCCUGAUAUCGCCUCUGAAAAAGCCCCCAAAAUGGAUCCGAAGACCAGCAGGCGUUUCAUUUGCUUUUGGGGGGAGGCUAGUUACCUUUGGCCUCCCCAGCACCCCUGCCCAUCAGGUGCCACAGCCUUGCCCCCGCCUUGUCUUCAUCAGUCAAGUCACUACAGAACUGGAAUUCCUGACUCGGUCGGUAGAGCUACAGGAGGCCCUGGGAUCUGGGAAACUCCUGGAUUACUGUCAGAACAAGAGCCACCAAGCUUCCUUGCAAGAUGAAAAGAUGCUCUGGCAGUUCCUGAAGGUAACCUUAGAGCCGGACUCCAGAGCAAAAUUCUUAAAGCUUUUAGGAUAUAGUAAAGAUGAACUUAAGAAGAAGGUAACCACAUGGUUGAAGAGUGACUCGACACAAGGUGACAGCCCACAGACCAAAGAGGAGGAGUUGGAUAGUAACAGGAAGCAGGCCUUCUACCCCAAGGCUGCCAAACCUCCCAUGGUGGAAGGCUCUACCUCCUCUGCCUUCUUUGAUGAGCUGGUCCUUCAGAGUAUGACUCCCUGGGAGAUCCCCACCACAGAAGACGCAGAUGGGCUUCUGAGCCAGGCAAUCCUGCUGGGGGAACUGGGCCCCGCGGUGGAAUUGUGUCUGAAAGAAGAGCGCUUUGCUGAUGCGAUUAUCCUGGCCCAGGCUGGGAGUGCAGAGCUGCUGAAGCAGACCCAGGAGCGCUACCUGGCCCAGAAGAAAAGUGGAAUCACCUCGCUUCUGGCCUGUGUUGUCCGGAAGAGCUGGAAGGACAUGGUGUGUGCCUGUAGCCUGAAGAACUGGAGAGAGGCACUGGUCUUGCUACUGACAUACUCCAGGCCAGAAACCUUCUCUGAGCUCUGUGACAUGCUGGGAAGUCGCAUGGAGCAGGAGGGUGACAGGACACUGACCUCUGAAGCCAGAUUCUGUUAUGUGUGCUCAGGGAGUGUGGAGCGGCUGGUGGAGUGCUGGGCCAAGUGCCACAGGGCUUCAUCCCCCCUGGCUCUGCAGGAGCUGAUGGAAAAGGUGAUGAUCCUUAACAGGAGCUUGGAGCUAGUGCGGGGUCCUGCUGGGGUGAGCCCAGGCCCUGCCACAACCUGCAGGGUCACUCAGUAUGCCAACCUGCUGGCAGCUCAGGGCAGCCUGGCUACUGCCAUGAACUUCCUGCCAGUCAACUGUGCUCAGCCAGCAGUUCAGCAGCUGAGAGAUCGGCUUUUUCAUGCCCAGGGUUCUGCCAUCUCAGGCCAAUCACCUCCCCCUUUCCCCUUUCCUCGGGUUGUUGUGCGAACUACCCACCCACUUAAAGAGACUCCAUCUUCUGGAUUGGACAGACAGCCUCCUCACCAGGCUCAGACACCGUGUCCAAGGUCAAAGGCCAUACCUCCAUCGCCACCAGUGCUCCCCUUGACCCCUGCCUGUCCUAGCCCUUACCAGAGCCCAGGGACGCAGACUGUGAGUGACAACAGGAUACCUAGGCCCCAUGUGGCCCAGUCUUUACCUCUGGGCCCUGGGGGAAGGCCUGCUGUUUCUCAACCACAGCUCUUAGGACACGGGGCUCAUGCUCCUAACCCUGUGGGGCUCCCUGGAACGUGGCCUCUUCCGGCCCCGCCACCACCCCUGGCAGCCCCACACAUACAGCCUGGCUCCACCUGCCUGCUUGGGGCUCAGAGACCAUCCCUGCUGCCUCCUGUAAGACCACCAGCUCCCAGCUCUCCAAGCCUGCAGCCACCAGCCUGUCCUGGCACUUUCCCUGUGAUGUGUCCUCCUGGAGGGCCGGGUGCUCCCUGCCCUAGCACCUUCCCAACAGCUGGCACCCUGACUUCUCUGCCAGGUUCCCAAGGAUUCCAGAGAGAUGUUGCAGCCCCCAGGGGGAACCUCUGGGGGGCAAAGCUGCCAGAGACAUUUAUGGCACCAGCACCAAUUACUGUUCCAGUUCUAAGCCUUGCCCCUCAGCCCCCUGCCUCUGGCGUGCGUCAUGCUCCCCCUGGAGCUCCAGGAGAACUCAGCCCACAGCACUUCCAGCAGCUGCCACCUACGGAUAUGAGCAGGAAGGAGCUGCCCCCGGAGCAUCAGCCCUUGAAGACCAGUUUUGAGGCGCUUCUCCACCGCUGCUCCCUCUCUGCCACUGACUUGAAGACAAAGCGGAAGCUGGCUGAGGCAGCCCAGCGUCUAGAAUGUCUUUAUGAGAAGCUCUACGUGGGGUCGCUCUCGCCUCAGGUCCUGGCUGGGUUGCACGAGGUGGCCCGAUGUGUGGACACAGGCCACUUGGAGCAAGCUCUGGCGGUGCACACCCAGGUGAUGGGCUGCAGCAGCUUCAGCGAGGUGUCGAGUUUCAUGCCCAUCCUGAAGGCUGUCCUCACCAUUGCCCAAAAGCUGCGGGUGUGACCCAGGCAGCCGUUUGUUCCUGCUGGAAGAGCACUUCCACAUUUAUCACCCUGUAGUGGGGUGGGAGGUUCUGCAACAGGGUCUGUUUGUUUUUCCCAACCCCCUUGCCUGGCUCCCGCAUAUGUGAUGCCAUAGUUUGGCUCAAAACAACCAGGGUCGUCUGUGUUUUCCUCCUUUAUCUCUAGCUUUUUAAUGUCUACCAACAGUCUGUCAGCCCCAUAGGCAGGGCACAGAGCCAACCCCUCCCUUCCCUAGUGCCACACUCAGGGGGGACUUGGCCAGGCUGUCUCUCCCCCAGAGAUAUUCUGUUUGACUGGGUUCUGAGAGGGUGAACAGCAUCAGUUCCCCUGAGUCUACCUCUGCCAGGACCCAUCUCAUGGGUGGUGUUUUUUUUUUUUUCCCUUCAGUGGUUUAUGAGCCUGACCUUGCCUUUUCCCUCUUGCCUCUCACUCUGUAUUCCUGAGUGCACAUUCUCCCAUAGCCCUAGGGGCUAGAGUGGAGUUGGCUGCUGUUCACCUCUGAACGAGCCUUGAGCAUGAAGGGUGGACACUGAUCUGGGCCAAGAAAUCGUGAUGCUUUUGAAAUGGAACUUCUCGAGUGCCAGCGUUCUGAAGGGUAACUGGGGAAGGUGGCAGGCAGAUGGAAGCAGGAAUGCCUUGUGCUGGGAGCUGACUUAGGUCGUAAAAUAGGAGCUAAGGGACUUCAGCCUGUAGGUAGUGGCUGCCCUCCACCUGUGUUUGAACUUGAGAGUACAGCCUAGACUUCUUUCUGCAAAUAAAAUUCCAGUUCUGGAACAAGGCUGCCUUUUCAUGGUUGCACUCAGCAUUUGCAUAAGCACUGAUGUACUUAAUAAAAAGUGACUUGGUUUGGUUUCCUCGGUCAUCUUCCCGAUGAUUAUUUGUGUCCUUUGAGCCCUGUUUUACUGUUACAUCCCAUUCCUGCUUCCUGGACCCUCUGUAGGCUGGGGAGAGGCUCAUGGCAAGAGAAGUCAAGAGAACUGAA